UCGAAUUCAUAAGUUUCAUAUCCGCUUCUGCUUCCUUUUCAACCUUAGCCUUUGUUUCUCCUUUAUUCACAGUUGCACAGCUCGGGUUAUGGUCUCUGGCGGUCCCAGGAAACCUGAGAGCCGCCGCUCCUUCUCAGCUCUCGGUUUCCCCCGCCUCCGCUUCUUCCGUUACCGCCGUUUGAGGUAAUUGACAACUCAAAGCCAGCAAAAAUACGCAGAGAGUAAUCUUGAUUUUGUUCUUUUCGUAGAAGAUAUAUUUUUUGCUAUAUACGUUUGAUAUAAUAUGCCGACAACACCGAAGAGUAACCGGAAAGGACAGGAUCCGGAGAAGAGCAGGAAGAACAGGCUAACGGAGAAGGCAUCGUCGUUUCACGGGAGGAUACCUAUGGAAGUGCCAGAGCCGAGGAUUCGGCGUCCAAACACGCUACCUGAUUUGCUCGGAGGCCAGAGGGUGGCUGGAGUGAGCACGGAAGCACGGCCAAAGUUGACAAAACUGCUAUUAAACGUGACGAUUCAAGGAAGUGUCGGUGCGGUACAGGUUGUGAUGACGCAGGAAUCUACAGUCGGCGAUCUGAUCGCUACUGCUAUCCGGCAAUAUAAAAAAGAAGGCCGCCGCCCAAUUGUUUCAGCCGAUCCCUCCAAAUUCGACCUCCAUUACUCGCAAUUCAGCUUAGAAAGUCUGGACAGAGAAGAGAAGCUAAUGGAGUUGGGAUCGAGGAACUUCUUCCUAUGCUCAAAAAAGUCGGUGGUUGAGAGUGGAAAUUCGAGCGAAAGUUCCUCCAGUAGCAGCGGCGUAACAAAAACGGCGUCGUCGUCAUCUUGUUCAAAAGAAGUUGAAAAAGCUGCUAAAAGCAGCUCUCCUUGGUUAAAAUUCAUGGAAUUCAUGCUGUAACCAGCAGGUGGUUAUUAAUUAAUUAAUAUUAUUAUUUUGCCCUAUAGCCUCCAUUUUAGCAAAUUAUCCAUGUAUAGAGUAGGAUUGAAUUAUAAAUGCAAUUUAAAAAAAAUGCAUUUUAUUUAGUUGAUUUAAAUUCAGUGGAGAAGAAUGUUUGCCUGUUUGUGCGACUCUCCUUGUUCUUGUUCCUUGAAUUAUAAUAUAAGUUUCUGGAAUUUGUACAGCUUUCUUA